AAAAAAAAAAAAAAAAUUAAUUUUAUUUACUUCUUUAAUAAGAAGUCCAUUGAUUUAAAUUGAAAGAAGAGAAGUUUGUUUCCUUUAUCUAACUAAUCAUGUGGUCAAACAUGCAUUUUAUUUUAUCGUUUUUUAUGUUGGAACAAUUCGGUUUCUUUAUUAAAGCUGAUUUAUUAUUUGCAAAUGGAGAAGCUAAUUGGUCAAUUUGGAAAGAAUGGUCUGCUUGCACUGUAACAUGUGGAGAUGGAGUAAGCUUGCGAACACGAAUUUGUAAUAAAAGUUUUUUUCAAAACAGCUGUCCAGGAGUUGCUUUAGAAGUUUUACCUUGUAAUUACAAAGAAUGCCCAAAAGAAAAUGCUGUGUGCAGCACAAUCAAAGCAUCAGACUGUUCAAAUGAAAUUAAAGACAGUGUCAGCAAUAUUUUAGAAGAAAGUUCAUACAAUGACUUACUCGCAGAAGUUUCAAAAUGGUCAUUAGAGCGUUUGAGUCUUAUAUCUGAAUGUACAGGUGAUAUCGGUAAUUUAGACAACCACAUUAAUGAACUAAAGAAUCAUGUUUCAUCUCUGACUAAUGCAAAUAAGGCAACUUCAUCAGUUUUGAAUAACAUUAAAGUUUUGGUCGGCUGUUCUAAAGACACUAAUGGUCAAACUUUGUACGAACGUUGUCAGGCAAUCGUAGGCCAAAACAACACAAUGAGUUCGGAAAUCAGUAAACUAAAUAUGUUCCUUGAUGGUUUAGAAAACGUAAAAAGCCAAUGUCAGAAAUACGGUUUCGUUACAAGUAUUAUUAAAAAAGUACUGCAACCAUUUCUUAAUUUUUAGUUUAAAAUUUUGAAGAAUAUUUUAUAUUUUUUUUGUUGCUUAGAAAUAUAAUUAUACAUAAAUAUACGUAUAGUUAUAUUUGUAUAUUACGUAAAUAAUUUGCAAAUGUAAUAACUUUAAAAUAUCCCUCAAAAACAAAAAAACUUGAGUAGGAUUUUGAAAAAAAAAUUAAUAAACAAAAACUUUUUUUAAUUAAUCUUUUCUAAUUUUCAUGGUGGGUAUAUACAACGGAUAGUAAACUUGACAUUCUUUUUGCUCCAAAGGUUUUCAGUACUUUUUGACUAAGGAUAUCGAUUUAUUGAUGUUUUUGAUAUUUAAAUUUUAUGUGUUUUUUGGUUUUUAAAUUUUUUAGUAUAUAAAAUUAUUUUGCUUUAGCUGUAUUUUAAAAUUAUAUUUAAAUAUUUCUGCCGAAUAUACCGUUAAAAGUUUAAGCAUAUGAGUGGUUAUCAGGCGAUUUAUUACGAGCAGUUGACCAAAUAUUACAGGAGCAAAGUUUUUAAAUGUUCCCACAUUGACCAAGUAUUAUAGAAGAACAUAAAAAUCAUCUUGAACUCUCAAUUACCGAUCAAAUUGUAAAAAUUUUUUUAAAUACGGUUUUUAACAAUUUUGCAUCUUACACUCGUGCCAUAUACAAA